GGGGCGGGGGGGGUGACUGGUGUACAGGAAGAUAAACUUCUGAAAGCCUUCUAGAGUUUCAUGAUGGAGGGAGGACUGUGUGUGUGUGAGUGUGAGUGUGCAGACUUGAGCAGUAGGGAGAGAGAGUGUGUGUGUGAGAGAGGUUUCCUCUAAGUCGUUCCACCUCUCAAUCUGACAGCAGCAGCAACAGCAGCGCUGCCUCUUCUCCCCCUCCUCCUCCUCCUCCUCCUCGACUGUGGAGGAAAAUCCACCAGGUGAUGGCAGCCAUGUUGACCGCUAGCUCCAGCCCGCUGUUCCUCCUCGCCUUGGUGUGCUGCGUCUCCUCUUCGCCCAGAUCGCCGUCUCGGCUCUGCAGGCGAUGCUGCGACCAGCUGGAUCCACCGGCCACCACCGCUCAUUAUCAAAUGCCUGAAGUCAGAACUGUCAUCAACAUGACCAUCCUCAAAGGUGACAAAGGCGACCGAGGAGACAAAGGCACGCCCGGGAAGCCGGGUCUGGAAGGGCCCGCCGGGCAGCUAGGACCCCUGGGGCCAAAAGGCAGCAAAGGCCAUGCGGGCGCCCCCGGCGAUGCCUGCAAGAUCCCACACUCAUCCUUCUCCGUCGGGCGCCGCAAGUCCCUGCACAGCGUGGAGUACUACCAGGCGCUGGUCUUCGACACGGUGUUCGUCAACCUCCACGAGCACUUCAACAUGUUCAAGGGGAAGUUCUACUGCUACGUGCCGGGGAUCUACUUCUUCAACGUCAACAUCCACACCUGGAACUUCAAGGAGACCUACCUGCACCUCAUGCAUAACGACAAGGAGAAGGUGAUCCUGUACGCGCAGCCCAGCGAGCGGUCCAUCAUGCAGAGCCAGAGCGUCAUGCUGGACCUGGCCCUGAACGACGAGGUGUGGGUCCGCCUCUACAAGAGGGAGCGCGAGAACGCCAUCUACAGCGACGAUGUGGAUGUUUACAUCACGUUCAACGGAUACCUGGUGGCGCCGGGCGUCCAGUAAGACUGGGAGUGAAAUCGGGGUUGGCAGAGCAUCUGUGUUCGGUUGUUUACUUUUUUCCCCCCCUUUCAAUUCUCUCAAUGUUCUCUACCACAAGAGAGUGGUGCUGUUGAAGUGGUGCUAUUGAAUAUUCCUUUCACCAGCGAGUGGAAAUGUGCUGCUUUCAUAAAUAGAGGCUGUCUGAAAAUAAAUAAAAAUAAAAAUAAAGAGGAACAAUAAAAAAGUAGUAUUUGAAAAAGGAAACAGAGAAUUCUUUUUGUACUUGAAUUACAGUUUUGUACAAAUGAGGUCAUGCUUCCUGUUCUUUGUGGUGCUAAUAAUUUCCUCUGAAAUCCUUUUCAGGGGGUUUAUGGAAGCAAAAUAUGUUUAAAUGCAAUCAGACCAACUAUAAAAUAUCUAUAGGGCCAUCUCUUGUGGACCGACUUACCCUGACCCUAAAAAAAGAAGAUAUUUUCAGCAAUUACAGUAUCACAAUAUUGUGAACCUGAUUUGUUCCAUUGCUGAGUUAAAUACAUAAACCUGGCCCAUCAGUCUCUUCAACUGAAUAGGAAAACAUUCAAAAUUAGGUCAAGUUUCAUCACAAACCAAUAUCGUUUUCAACAUUUAUUGUACAUUUAAUUCGUAAAAUCCACAAAAAAACAAAUCAUCACUAACUGUUGCUUUUCUUUCACGUGUAAACCUGCAUUUUUUUUUAUUAUGUUAGUGAACGGAAUAUUAGAAAAAUGAACAACAAUUCUGCUGUGUGUUCUAAUCCAAGCAUACAUCAGGGAUUUACUAAAGAAACGCCUUGUAUUCUUGCUGGACGGACUACAAACUGCAGAGCAGUUUUUAUGUAAAUAUUUGUAUAUUUUCUGUCUGUAAUGGCUUCCAGAUAUGCAAUCGCUCAUGUUGUUGAGGCUGUAAACUAUUUGUUAACAGUUGUCCUCUUUGUAAGGUCAUCUUGUAUUGUGUCACUGACACAGGCAAACAAAUAAAUAUUGCAUAAUUUCAUCUA